AUGUCUACUUGGAGUGGCGUGCGAACACGCAUCACCGCGUCUGUGCGGACCACCAAUCGCAUGAAUGCCUUGCUUAUGGAGUCAAUGUUGGGCAAGAAGCGUGCUUUGCAAAAACUGCAUUCCAGCGCUGGCGAAGGUGAAGAAUCCGAGUGUGCGGCGGAGCAGCCGAAACGCGAUUGGGAAUACUUUCGUAAUAAUUUUAGCAUGGAGGCUAUUUAUAAGCUAAUCGAGGCGGCUAUUGAGGAACGCUUGACGUGGGAUCGCUUUGGUCGCUCUUAUGAUUCCUGGCGUUCACUACAGAUGGCCGAAACGCUGGCCGCAGAUAUCCGAGAUCGUGUCAAGCGAUUACAGCAUAAGAGGUAA